GAUGAUAAACGCGAUAAGCUUAUUAUCUUAUACCAAAAACUUAUCGGAUUAAUCGUUAAUUUUUGAGGAGAAGUGAGAAAAAUUAAAGUGAAAUUUUUAACAAAGAAAACAAAAAAGAUUUUAAAUAAAAACAAGAAUCAUUCAAAAAAAUAAUAAACAAAAUGGAUCCAAAAAAAAUUCAUAACUUAUCGAAGCUAAUACGUCAACAAGGCGACAAAUUGCUUACAUCUGAAUUUCAAUUAAAAUUAACGGGUGAACUUUUACGAGCAUUAAACGACUCAUUUUCGCUUAUUAUUGAUGAUGAUGAGUUAACGCCACCGCAAACAUUUCAAGUGACAAAGCCAAAUAAUUCAAAGUCUAAUGUUUUUCGAGAACUGAUGUUUAUCUAUGAUUUUAUUCAAAAGACUCUAGUAUUAAAAUUAACAAAAUAUAUUGACGAUGAAACGAUAGAAGAGGACGAUGAUAACUGUGUAAUAGAUAUAUCCAAAUUUCGAAAUAUGACAACUCUAGAAAUUCAAAGAGUUUCAAUCAAGCGAAUUGUUGGACUGCAACAACUAAGGCAACAACUGCAAGAGCUUGUCGUUGAGAAGAGCUUAACAGAUAUUAAAGAUCUUAUUAUGCAUUGUGCAGGUGAUAAUUGUAGUGGAUUUAUAUGGAAUUCUCUUAAAAGAAUCGACUUCUCAUACAAUAAUUUAGAGCGCGUAGAUAAUUCAUUCGAAUUUACGCCAUAUAUACAAUUUUUAAAUCUUUCCCACAACAAGAUCGUUCAAAUACCUGCGCUUGUUUAUCUACCAAACUUGAAGAUUCUAAAUUUAUCGUUUAAUCAGUUAACAAAUAUGCCUAAGUUAAAUGUCGAAACAUAUCGUCGACUUCAAGUUUUAAUCAUAAAUGAUAACUUUAUUGAGGAUUUAUCUGGACUUGUUCGUCUUGAUGCAUUAUUAGAAUUGGAUAUAUCGGGAAAUUGCUUACUUGAUCAUGCACUUUUAUUACCAUUGUGUACGCUAAGCUCGUUAAGAUAUUUAAACAUGUCUGGAAAUCCACUUGCAUUUCAUCCAAAACAUCGCGUUGCUACAUGUAGAUAUUUAAGCAAGAAUGCAGCUACAGUUCAAUUUCAACUUGAUGGUGAAUUACUGUCAAAACAAGAAAAAUCAUUAGCUGGAAGUUAUGAAAAUUAUUAUCCAAUUUAUGGACAUCGUAUGAAUCUUGGACGAACAUCAUCUAGUAAUAGUAAUGCUCAUACGCCAACUACAAAAAGUGUAAGCAAUACACCAGACAAUACUAGUUUAAGCUCCAAUAUAAGCAACUCGUAUAGUUCAACAUUAAAUGGAUCGACAGUUAUGACAAGUUCACAAAAGAAAGUUAAACCAAGGUCAAUAUCUGAAAUUGAAGAGAGUGGAAUGGAACCGAGAGAAAAAUCUCCAAUCGAAAAGAAAUUGCUGCGAGAAGGAAGUAAGGAUCAUUUGACAACAAAGCGAGAAAUUGAGCAAUUGAGAGAACAAUACGGAAAUGAAUGGCUAUUUAAUCAAGAUUUAAUUCCUGGUUACGAAAAUCAAAGAGAAUCUACAUCCAAGAGACGUCUCAAUUCAGGAAAUAUUUUGUAUGGCUCGCCGAUUCAUUUGAGAAUGGAUGAAUCAUUUGAAGCAAGUGAUCCGAUUGAAACGUCGACGCCUCAAGAACACACUUUAGUCGAAAGUGAUGAUAAAACUAUUUAUAAGAGUAUCGAUGAUAGCACAAAUGGUUUAAGUAAUUAUGCAUCAGCACUUGAAGAUACUUUUACUACAGAAGAUGAAACAACAUUGUCAGAUCCUGAAGACAACGAGGCAUUAUUCAUUGUGGUUGAUGAGACAACUAAGGAAGAUUUGAUUUUAAUUAUAGCCGAUAAGAUAAUAAAAGAACGCGAUGCAAUGACUGGAAAAACAUUGAUUAAAUGGGGAAUUCAAACACUACUAAGUGUUGAAAGAAAACGUUCAAAUCUUAUUCAUUUGACUUUCGAUACAAUUAGAAAGGAUAAGAAGGAACGUUUUUAUCGAAUGGAAGAACCAUGUUGUCAAGAAGUUGAGAAGAUCUUGAGAGAUUAUUUGAGUUCUCGUCCACUAUCUGAAAUGAAUCAAACAGUCUACAAAUGUCCGAAAUGCAAUUCACAAUUCUGUCGAGAAAACGACGAUGAUCGAAAGAAGAAUCGUCAAAAUGAUAUCAAGUGUCCGUCAUGUGGAAACAAGUAUAUUAUCGAAAUACAGAAAACAAGUAAAUGUGCAACAAGUCCGAAAUCCAGUUUCUUUCCUGGAACUGUUCUGACAACAUUGACUGCAAUGCAAAGGCCGGCUUCGUCCAUAAGCAUAGACAAGAAGAAAGAAAGUGCAUUUGAUUCGAAUCAAUCAGUAGCUGGAAGUUCUGUAGAAGUUCUUAGUGAAUGUUCCUCACAAGUUUCGCAUACAUCUCAAAGCUCGAUUGAAGUUAUUGAUCAAUUAAGUAGAAAAUCAGAAGAGAGGAGAAUAUCAACAGCACCAUCUUUAGAUACAAUUGACGAUGAUCCAGGAAAGAGUGAAGGAGCAAUUUUAGAAAAGACGAUUAAAGAAAUUGAAGUUGAGGAAAAGCAACAGAUUGAUGCUGAAAAGCCCAAAGUAAUACUAAGUAUCGGUAAUGUUAAUUUAACAGAAUCAAGCAGUUCGGGAUCAAUUUGCGAGUCUGUUUGUACAGCAUAUGAACAGAAUGGCAAGAAAAAGUCAGUGAAAGAUGAAACAAAGAGUCCAUUAGAGGGGAUAUUCAAGACAUCAAGCCUUUUAUUGUCAAGGACCAUCUCAAAAAAGGAACCAGAACCCGUUAAUCAUCCAUCAAAGCCUAUUCAGUACAAUUUCGAUAAUCUAUCGAUUGUCGAUCAUCGUUUAAAGUUGUUCAUUUUUCAAAAUGUUCUCGAAGAUAAUGAUGAGAAGUUUAUGUGGCUAGUAAAAUGUAUUGUGAUAGAAGACGAUACAUCUUCAAACUUCAUGCCGACUGCAGCAUUAGUUGUCAUGUCUACAAAGAAGAUUUAUCUAUUGAAAAUUGUUGGGAAAGAAACUGAGAAUGUCGAGUCUUGGAUAAGGAAAUCAAUGACAUAUUCUGUUGAUCAAAUUAUCAUGAUUAGAAACAUAAUUUUUGACAACGGCCUAAGUUUCAUUAUGAAGGCAAACUUUAAUUUUCACAUUUUACUUCGUGACAGUAAAUUGUCAACAAUCCUACAAAAGCACAUUACAACAUCAAACCAAACACUUGAGAUUAGCAGAGAUUUAUCAGCACACGUUAACACAAAAUUAUUAAAGUUAUCAGAUCAAAAUGAACUGAUUUAUUUAGCAAUGUACAAUAGCUGCGAAACAUCAGUUUUAUCGGCAACAGACUCCACAAAAGUUCUUGUGGCUCCAAAAACAAUUGAUCGUGGAAUGUUGGUGAUAACAACGGAAUCAAUAAUAUUAACGACCAAUUUUGAUUGGCUAUGUGAAAGUGUAAGCAGUCGAGCAAAUGAUUGUAAGCAUGUGACGAAAAUCGAAGAAAUGGCAAACCUAGUAGAACUCGAAAGCCUUACAAAGAAUUCUUUUACUUUCGUUUUUAUGAACGAGCUCGAAAGUACAAUUGAGAAAUGGAAGUUGUCAGUCGAUUCUCAUAUAAGGAUACGUUCACUUCUUGAAGAAACUGACAAGAUAUGGAGCGUAAUAUUUUCAAUUCCGCUCUUGAGUAAUGAACAGAACAUGAUAUUGAGCUAAUAAUAAUAAUAAGAAAUGGUUAUUUAUGAUUAAUCUAACUGUCCAAUGUUUUUAUCUGAUUAGAACUUUUGAUUUUUGUCUAUGAAACGUUGUAGACAUAAUAGACAUAAUAAGAUAUAAGGGGAUGAUGCUAUUAUGAAAGUUUGAUUGAUAAAGUUUUUUUUCCCGAAAAAUAAAGUAUAUAUGUAUUUAACAGA